AUAUUCUUUCACCUAUCCAAACCGAGCGCUAGUCGCACAUCCACUCUCUUGACGAGACAUUGAGCAUCAGAACACGAAUCGCAUACCUAAUAUCGAAAUCGCUUUCCAUACGAACGAAUAUCACAUACAAUAGUCAACAUGUAUUUCUCAAGAGCAACCAUCCUCUCCGCCGUCUUCGGCCUCGCGUGCGCCCAAGAAUCUUCCAUGUCCGCUUCAGUAUCCAUGGCCUCCGCCACUCAGCCGACCCUCUCCUCAGCUGUGUUGGGCAGCGUAUCGACAUCUCAGCCAUCUGCAAUGGCAGGCAUGGUCAUGACACACGUCGUCCAAGUCGGAGGUCCAAAUGGAAGCCUGACCUUCUCUCCCUCCAACGUUGUCGCACAGCCAGGAGAUCUUGUUCAGUUCCAAUUUCACCCCAAGAACCACUCAGUCGUUCAAUCUACCUUCGACAACCCAUGCACACCCAUCCAAAACAUCAUGUCCAACAAAACCGAUGCCUUCUUCUCUGGCUUCAUGCCUACGAACGCUUCCGUUACUGCUACAAGUCAAGUCCUCACAUACACCAUCCGUGUCGCAGAUGCGAAGCCAGUCUGGUUCUACUGCUCUCAGGGCAAGCAUUGCCAAGCUGGUAUGGUCGGUGCUAUCAACGCUCCUACGUCCGGCAAUAAAACAAUGUCUGCCUUUGUCGCUCUCGCCGCUCAAGCUACGGAGAACCUGUCCCCUGGCCAAGCAGCCGGCUCAGGCGGCGCCACAGGCAACACACCCACCUCGCCUUCAGCUGGUGGUGGCGCGAACUCUGGUACUGAUAGUACCUCUGGUGGUGCUGCAGGUGGUGCUAGUAGUUCUGCCAGUGGUGCUCCUGCUCAGGCCACUGCUAACGUUGCUGCUGGUGGUUUCAGCCCGCAGAGCUACGUUGGAGCUGCUGCUGCGGUCGUUGCUGCUGUCGUUGGUGUUUUGUAAGGGAGCCGUUGGUGAAUUUAUGGAGGGAAGAAAUGUAUGCUUUUUUGCUGUGAUACCAAUUCUAGGAUGAUGAUACUGAGCUGGUUCUGCACUCAGAUUUGGGCGUGUUGUUUUAUAGUUCACGGAAAUUAAUGAGAUAGCUAUUGGCCUCGCUUAUAGUUCAAUUUUGAUGUUCCCUGCUUUCAAUUAGAAACAAUGAUAUUUAGACGAAAGGGACCGCUUUGAGUUCAUAUGUGGUUGGCGAUUCUCUUCACUUCAUCUUC